AAAAAGCGGAAAAUGAUUGCUUUUCAGAGCGGCGGCCUUGUAUUAUUUGCGAGUGUGUCCUCGCCAUGCCCAUCUUGUCUCUGCUCUUCCACAACGUUAUUCACAAUGGUCCUUUAGCCCUGUUCAUGUUGUAUUUUGGUUUGUGGACAUCCCUCUGCCUGUCUCUAACAAACAGGCCGAAAGCACGACUCCGAUGUAGUUGGCAUUCAAAGCAGUUGAGAUUUGAAACCCACUAAGUAAACAACAAUCAGUAUUACUGCAUUCUAACAUCAUAAUCGCGACUAUAUUGGCUGGUAAUGAUGUUGUCAAAAACGC